AUGAGGUAGCAGAGGAAAAAAUAUGCAACUGAGUUUGAACAUUCUGAAUCAGAGAACAAUCAACCCAAGAAAAAGAUAUUUAGUCUUAAGACGAUAGAAGCACAAAAAUAAUAAAAUUGGCAUAAAUUUAAGAGUUUCUUAGAGAAAUGCCUUAUCAUUGUUGGUGCUUUGAUUAUUAUUUGUAUGGGGCACAUCUAUGGAGCGAUAGCAAUCAUUCUUAUGUCAACUAUGAUCUAUAAUAAUGUGAUUAGCGAGAAAAGGAAAGAGGAUCAAUCAAAGCUCGCAUCUUUAUAAUGGAUUGACUGGUAUGCUUAUCUGAGGGAUGAUUGGAUCCAUUUUCACAUUGGUUGGUUUUAUAGCAAUCAUUUUCUCUUUGAAGAAAGGAAUAUCUAAACUGAUGUUGAGGAAGAUAGGUUGGACUCUGAUCGUACUGACAUUUGUAUUCUAUUCCCGUUACUCUGUGUUCCAAUAAAUACUCUUUGUGCUAGUAUAAUUGGUAUUACAAUUGGUUAUACUCCUUUGAAUAGAAAUUUACCUUCAAAGACAAUAGAAGGUUACAUAGGUGGACUAGUACUUACUUGCAUAUUUGCUUUCUUUAGAGAAUUAUCGUUUGCUAUUUUUGAAGGAAUAUAGUGCGAAAUUCCUGAUCUUUACAUUAAGAAAAAUAUGGAAAUAAAUUUCCUUACUGAAUAUGUAGGCUAUUUCAAAAUUUAUGCCUCACCAGCUCAAAUUCACUCAAUCUUUUUAAGUAUUUUUGCCUCGUUAUUAUCUCCAUUUGCUCAAUUCUGCAUAAUUGGCUUAAAAAAGGCAUUUAGAAUAUAGGUUAAUGAGUAGCUAGAUGAAACUGGGAGCCUCGAAGAAGCUGUGAAUGAUAUUUUUAGAGUUCAAGGAGUUUUGGCUGUAAAUGUAUUUAUAUACAUAACUUAGAUGGUAUUCAGAUCAGCUGUAACACUCGAAAAAGUAGUCUAAUAUAUAGACUAGCUGAACAAUGAAGAUAAGAUCAAACUGAUGGAAAUCAUAAACCUUUCUAUUCAUAAUUAAUCUACUUUAGGAGUAUGA